GUUGCUCCCCAUUGUUGUAAAGUUUUCAGCAUGGGUAAAACAAAGCGCACAAAGCAAUAUGCAGUUGUUAAAAGGGUUCUUAGUUUGAAGGAUUCAAGAAUCAAAACCAAAGACCGAGAUACGAGAAAAAAGGAAAAGAAGAAGAAGAAGAACUUACUGAACAUGUCAGAGAGACAUCUGCCACAGGCAUCCACGGCCCUCUACUUCAAAUACAACACACAGCUCGGCCCACCAUAUCAUGUUCUGGUGGACACUAACUUUGUCAACUUCUCCAUCAAGAAUAAGAUUGAUGUAAUCCAGGGAAUGAUGGACUGUCUUUAUGCCAAAUGUAUUCCGUAUAUCACUGACUGUGUAAUGGCUGAGCUGGAAAAACUAGGGUCCAAAUACCAGGUGGCAAGAAGGAUCGUGAAAGAUGAUAGGUUUAUCCGGCUUCCAUGCCUUCAUAAAGGAACAUACGCUGAUGACUGCAUCGUGCAAAGAGUGACACAGCACAAGUGUUAUAUCGCAGCCACAUGUGAUAAGGACUUGAAAAGACGUAUACGGAAAAUCCCAGGAGUUCCCAUCAUGUAUCUCCAACAACACAGGUACUCCAUAGAAAGAAUGCCAGAUGCAUAUGGUGCUCCAAAAACUUGAAACUGAAAUGGGAUUUAAGACUGAACUUUAAAAUUAAAAUAAUAUGAGAAAUUACACUGGACAACUGAUCAUAAGUGUGAUUCAUUAUCAACUCAUUUGAAUGCAAUCUGACUGGUUAAUAUCUGGUUAUUGAUAUAUAUAUAUAUAUAUAUAUAUAUAUAUAUAUAUAUAUAUAUAAACAUGUAUAUAUAACAUACAUAUAUUUGAUUUCUUUUUAGUUACAAGGGUUGUUUUUUAACAACAAUCUGCAUUGUCAAGUCUUGUUGGAAUUACAUGAAUGUUCUGUGAAUUAACAAAAUGAGAAUGUUUUAGUAAUUUACUGAGGGUUGUAACUUUACUUCUGUAUUUGACCUCCAAGAUGGUGGCAUUGAUACUAGAUUCAUAUAUCUGUUCUGCAAUAAAUUGUUGAUCAUUAA